AUGCAGGCAGAAUGGCUGGAAGACUGCUCGCAGCUGAAGAAACGGGCACGUGGACCACCCAUUUGUGGUGAGGUGACUUCGGUCUCGUGUGAGAUGCUGGGCGUUCAUUGGGCAGAUGCCUGGGCUCCGAAGGAUCCGAAGAUUACCAUGCCAGCAGAGUGGGUCCAUCCCUCCAGCAUCCGCCGCCUCAGCAUGAACAAUAGCCCUUCCGAGGGCUGGCUCUUGGGCGAGCAUUGCCAGGCGUCCGAGAAUCCCUCUUCGCCCUGCGCCGUCUUGACACGGACCAGCACCCACACGACUGUGAAAUGGGCGAGUGGUCUUGAGGAAGACAUUGUCUCUGUGGAUCUCAUGCCGAGGCAAGCCUUCUAUUCGCACGACUUCCUUCCACACGACUUUGUCGCCAGGACUGCGGAUGUGGAUCGGCUUGUCCCUCCACGAGUGGCAAUCUCAGAAGCAAGUGUGACCUGCAAUAACCUUCACGAUCUGCUUGGCAGGAUUGCAGAAACAGAGCUGCACUUAGCUCGAACCGAAGAGAACUUGCCUUUGCAGCACCAGGGGCGGCAAGUUCCUAUGGGCGUCGUUCAAAGUGUGGACCUGAAGGCACGCACGGCCUUGGUGGAGUGGCGAUGCUCUCUGCAGGAGAAUCCGCAGGAGGCUCCUUGGCCCAUUCUGGUGGACGAAGCAGCGGUCAGCUUGUUCGAGCUGGCACCGCAUCCACUCGUCGACGUGCGCCUGGCAGACAUCGUCUUUAUCCCGCCCGAACAUUUGUCUCAGGACAAAGGAAACUGGGUCGGCCGGGUGACGGCCUUCUCCGGCUUCUCUGCGCAGGUCCAGCUAGUCUGUGGCAGGAGUGAGUGGUUUGAUGUCGAAUCCUUGAGCAUUGCCGACAUGGACGGGCACUACGACCCUGCCUUAGUGGAAUUCCGUUUGAUAGAGCGAUCACUGAUGCACCUCGCCAGCUCGUUGCUGCCUCAGGAGAGCUCCGUGUCUUCCGACGAGGAACCGGAAGUCAUCUGGGUGAAGGGGGGACCGGACUCGUUUCAGGAACCGUGCCGAGCUUCUUGCGGCAGUCGGGAUGCGAGCCCGAGUCGGGAGGCCGAAAGAGAGGAGGUCUGCGAGCACUGCGAGCAGUCCCAAAGCGAGACCUCGGAAGGAUCCUCCUCGUCUACCAGAGCACCAGAAAUCCUGGCUUUCGAUGUGCUGCAAGAGGAUCUUAGCCCACACGAUCACAAAUUCGUGGACCGGCCCUCUCCUGCUCCGAAGGUGCUGAUGCGGGCAGUGAGGCGAGAGCACUCAGUCUUGCAGAAGGGUCUUCUCGAUGGAGGAGAAGGCGUAGUUGCGCCCAUCAUGGUGCGCACUUACUCUUCCAGAUGUGAUCUGUUCCGAGCAAUGGUGGUUGGUCCGCCCGGCACGCCCUACUCGGACGUGCCGUUCUUCUUUGAUCUGUCCCUGUCCCCCCAGUACCCGUCCGAGCCCCCUUUGGUGCACUUCAUGGCAAACUACGUCAGCAGUUGUGAGAAGUUGAACCCGAAUCUCUACAACGACGGCAAGGUAUGCCUCAGCAUACUCGGUACUUGGGCGGGACCUGGCUGGGAUCCACAAAAGUCUACACUUCUCCAGGUGUUGAUUUCGCUGCAAGGCUUGGUGCUGGUUGAGGACCCAUACUUCAACGAGCCUGGCCACGAAUGGGAGUGCAACAGCGAACACGGCCGAAAUGCCUCGGCUCUGUACAACGAGAACGUGCGGCUUCUGGUCUUGCGCACUGCACUCAACGUGUCCAAGCAGCCUCCCUCCGGCUUCGAGGAGAUCGUGGCCUCGCACUUCGCCCGACAUGGACCGCGGCUGCUUGCAGAGUGUGAAGAGGCUUUGCUCGAAGUCAAUGCUGGCCGUACCAGCGAGGGUUUUCGCAAGGUCUUGGCGAGAAACCUCGUGCCAGGGCUGCGGGAACAAUGGGGAGCCGUAGAGCAGUUGACGGCCUACGUGGGAACCCACCAGGAGCUCUUCACGCGCUUCCAGACCGCAGUGGAGCAGCUCGACACGGAAAAAGACAUGCGCAAGAAAGUGGUGUCGGAGCGCGACGACUUGAUCAAGACCCGGGACGAGAUUGCCCGGGCCCGGGACGAGAUUGCCCGGGCCCUUGAGCUCGAGAGAGACAAGGCGGAGCAAGAGCGGAUGCAUGCAGAACAAGCCCGCAAGGAGCUUGCGGAAGCGGAACCUCCAGGGCCCGCACAGCUGACAGUGAACGACGUUCUCAUCUCCGUGUGCUUCGAGGAAGUGAAAGGGGCGCCCCUGGAAGUGAAGCCCUGGGACACCAACUUCGAGGAGGUGGUGAGCAGUUGGCUACAGGCUGCACAGCGUUCGCAGAAUCUGCAAUCGAGCCUCGUGCGGUUGCCCUCCGGUGAGUCCGAGGGCUUGCCAGCGAGGUGGCAGGACCACUCACCGACGCACCAGCCAAAGUGGCACAAGCACGUGAAGUCCAAGGCGCCUCAGGAAAACGUCCUCACGGUGCCCGGCUUGCAGGAGGUCUGCGGCCUUGCCUUUCGCCAGGAGGACAGGCUUUUCUCACGUGGAGCUCUAGACGCAGCCCAAAGUCGGCGCGGCUUCGGCCAGGUGGUCCUCCGGCUGUUUCCGGAGGGAGCGCCUGUCCCUUAUGGGACCACCCUCUUGGACCACGUCUUCUCAGAGUGCGACCAGGAUUUUGAUGGGCUGCUGCUCUGGGACGACUUCCAGGAAUUCGUCCUCCGCGGUCUACAGCCGCUGCUCAAAGGUCAGAAGACUGGACAAAGCGCUGCAGUGAAGGCCAUGCUGCCCAUGGCCUUCGCUCACCAGGCAAGCAAUCUGCAGGCAUAUCAGCCGGUGCAGAAAGCGGCGGAGGAGGUCACCAAGCUUCCAGCAGAGACUCCGUCAAGUGCCACGCCGACGGUGCUGAAGGAUCCAUCGGGAAAAUCCCGGGCCGUCGGCUUCGCAAACGUUGCGAUGGUGCCGAGUGCUCGAGAUAUGACAGACUUGCUGAAGGAGUACACGUUCCCGGAGAAUGAUGCUGCUUUGGGACGGGGUGCUUUCGGCACAGUUAUGAAGGUGACCCACAACGGCACUGGCGAGGUGCGGGCCAUGAAGGCGGUGCGCCUAUCGGAUGGUGCGGAUUCCGCGCAGCUUCGGGAGCUGGUGGAGUUAGAGGUCUCCAUGCUCAAGAGCCUGGAUCACGUGAAUUUGCUGCGUCUCCAUGAAGCCUUCCGAGAUUCCGAGAGCUGCAUGUACCUGAUCACCGAGCUCUGCGCCGGCGGCUCGCUGGCUGAGCGCUUGGAGCAGCAAAGGAUGCUCCGCAAGCCAAUGUUGGAGGGCAUGGCGGCGGCUUAUGCCGAACAAAUUCUCAGUGCUGCCAGCUACUGCCAUGAUCGAGGAGUACUUCACCGGGACCUGAAGCCGGAGAACGUCUUGUUCUUGACGCCGCGCUCGGACAGUCCGGUGAAGGUGAUCGACUUUGGGCUGUCCGACACCAUGGACCGAAUUCGGCAGAAUUGCACGCAGGAGAUUCAUGAUCGUUCUGGUGCUCUCGGCGCAGUGGCUCGACUGCUGCCAAAGUUGCCUGGAGGACUGGAGAUUUUAGCAACAAAAGAGACGAAAGAGGUAAUGCAACGAGCUGGAACGCCUCACUACAUGGCUCCAGAGGUCUACACGGGUAUGUACGGCGACAGGGCCGACGUCUGGUCGAUCGGGGUCAUCCUCUUCGAGAUGCUUUCGAAUCGCCAUCCCUUCUACACCAGUGGAAACGACCUGGAAGCUGUGAAGCGUCGCAUCUUGAGCCCGGACGGGGCCGACUUCUGUGAUCUGUCUUGGGGCGAGGUGACCGCGGCUGCGCAACGAGCCUGCCGGGAAUGCCUGAUGUUGGACCCAGAUCGGCGACCAUCUGCUCAGCGCAUGUUGGCACAUAAGUGGUUUGACACAGUGCCUCGGCUGGCUUUGGGCAUGUCCGGAGGCAUGGACAGUGGACGCUCAGGUUUCUUGGCCUUGGCCAGAUCUCCACCGCGGAUUGCGGCUUCACAGGUUGUCGAUGCCUUGCGCGGCUUCGCCUUCCCAGGCUAUGUUGGAAGCACCAGGGCACGUCUUCGACAGGCCUUCCUGCGGCUGGUUGCCCGCGAGCUGGCAGAAGUGCAGCAGGAAGGCCUCCGAGGCGCCUUUCUUCGAUUGGACUGCGAUGGGGACGGUGCUUUGAGCGCUUCAGAUUUGUCUGCUGGGCUUCGAGGCACGACGCCAGAUGUGCACAGAGACCGCGACAGCAGCGGCCUCUUUCCCAUGUUGAGCCUCCGCGCCCAAAGCAAUGAUGCCGAAGAGUGGCUGGAGGAGAUCAGGUCCUUGGUGGCAACAGCGGGGACAGUCGGAGACAAGAUAGGCUUCAGCGACUUCCUGGCCGUGAUGUUGCCACACCAUGUCGCUGUGCAGGAGGCACAGCUCAGGAGCGCCUUCAGCCGAUUGGCGGACUCAAAGAACUCCGGACGGACUUUGCCAAAGUCGACAUUGCAGACUGCGCUGCAGGUGGGGCAAGCAGUUUCCGAAGAGGAAGUGGCAGCCUUGAAUGCCGGGCUUCCAGAGGAGCUGAGCUACGUGGAAUUCGUGCAGCUUGUGGGCCUGCAUCCCUAA